GACAGGAUGAAAUUGGUCGUCUCGAUAGGAAUCCAGCAGCAGUUUGGAGAGCGUUGACUGGACCUGAAGGGCCAUCGAGGAAGAAGAGAGGACGACCCUGGUCUGAGCUGUAACCAUGGGAUCGAGGAUGGAGGUGGCACAGCUUGAGAGCAGGAUGAACACUGAGGACUAUAGAAAGCUUCAGGGCGUCUUCCUGGACCCCUCGGGUGCACCUCGCUCCUUGUCCAGAGCUGAAUUCAUCAAUCUGGCUCGGUCAUCCGUUGGUUGUGGCUCCGAGGAGGAAUACGGCUUCCUGUUUGACAGCGUGGUCGUCACUCAGGAGCACCGCGGCCUCCUUCUGGACGUCGACGCCGUGAAGGAAGAUGGACGCGUCGACUGGGGAGGCCUGUGCUCUUUUCUGCUACUGGAGCUUUCUGAUAAAAUGAAGAGCACCAGAACCAGGACGGGGCCCUGCUGGAAGACACCACGCACUUUGACCUGCCCGCAUCGAGACCCGGUUCAAAAGGUGUUGUACCUGCAGAGUUCAGGUCAGUAUCUGACUGUGAGUAAAGGAGGAACUGUGGGGCUGCGGGACAGAGAGGACAUGUCCCUCCUGCACACACAUCGACUGCACAACAGCACGAUCGCACCCAAAGACCUCUGGGUCACGGACAUGGUGCUGCUGCACAACAUACACAAGAUAGCUGUGUCUUUCACAAGUAAGGAGCUGUGCUUCUAUGACAUUCUGUCAAAACAGGACUUUGGGCUCAAGUAUAAACUCCAGGGUUUAAAGUUUACUCCCUGGUGUCUAGACUACUGGGUGGAUCCCUCUCAGCCGGACCGGGCUGUCCUCACUGUAGGAGACAUCGGAGGACAGGUCAGUGCGUUAUAUUUUACCUCAGCUCAGAUCUCUCUGUUUGAGAGACUUAGUCUGAGGACGGACUCAGAUUCAGCGGACAUCAUCCUGUGGGACGAGCUCGUCAAAGGAAAGCAUCGCUCCUGUUACACUGUGACACACAAAGCGCACGCUCCUGCCUGGGUUAGAAAAGUACGUUACCUGGGCUCGCUGGAAGCCUUCGUGUCGUGCAGCACCAGGCCGCAGAGCAGCUUGGUGAUCGGCUGGAGGGAAAAGGAAAGCAGGAGUCUACGAGUCACUUCUUUCUUUACCAAGAGGGGUGUGUGGGACCUGGACCACCACUGUGAACUCAAUCUGAUAGCCACAGCAGGUGUGGAUCAUCAGGUCUUGCUGUGGAACCCGUAUGUGACCUCGGAGCCGGUUUGUGUGCUCGGCGUGCACACGAGCCCCGUCACCGCGGUACGCUUCAUGCAGACCAAGCAACAGCUGCUCAGCUACUCCAGAGAUAAGGUCCUGUGUCUGUGGGAUGUAACUCAUCAGCUGUGUGUUCACCGUCUGGCCGGUGUCUUCCCAAAGACCCAGGAGGACGCACACACGCUCCUGUUUCUGCACGAGGAGCGUCAACUCCUCUUGCUAUCCUUCAACAGUCUGCUUCUCCUGCUGGAGACGACGAAGGAGGAGAAGAGGGCCAGCAGCCAUGAGCACCCUGUUACCUGUGUGCUGUAUAACAGUCUGUUCAGACAGGUAGUCAGCAGCGACUCUGCCUCCUCUGUGAUCUGCUGGCUGCCCGACACGGGCCAAAAGGUCAAGCAGUUCCACCGCUGCCAUGGCAACGCCGAAAUAUCCACCAUGGCCCUGGAUGGCACGCAGACCCGGCUGUUUACUGCAGGCACUGACGGAGAGGUCAAAGUGUGGGACUUCAAUGGCCGCUGCCUCCACAGAAUGAACGCCGGCCUGGGUCGGUCUGUGGGGAUCUCGCAGAUCCUGCUGCUGAAGAGGAGUAUACUGGUGAUGGGCUGGCAGAGGAUGUUCACAGUUUUCCGUCUGCAUUCCUUCUCGCAGUCUUUUGUUGAACCGUCAGAGUGGAAGGGAGGCGUGCAGCAUCGCAGCGACGUGCUCUGUGCCGCAUUCCAGCCUCCACAGACUCUGGUCACAGCCGGUUGUGUGCUCGGCGUGCACACGAGCCCGUCACCGGUACGCUUCAUGCAGACCAAGCAACAGCUGCCUCAGCUACUCCAAGAUAAGUAUCAGCAGCGACUCUGCCUCCUCUGUGAUCUGCUGGCUGCCCGACACGGGCCAAAGGUCAAGCAGUUCCACCGCUGCCAUGGCAACGCCGAAAUAUCCACCAUGGCCCUGGAUGCACGCAGACGGCUGUUUACUGCAGGCACUGACGGAGAGGUCAAAGUGUGGGACUUCAAUGGCCGAUGCCUCCACAGAAUGAACGCCGGCCUGGGUCGGUCUGUGGGGAUCUCGCAGGUCCUGCUGCUGAAGAGGAGUAUACUGGUGAUGGCUGGCAGAGUACUGUAG